AUGAAAUUUAUUUCCAGUCAUGCUCUACUGGCGGUAUUGGCAUUACCAACCAAAAGCUUCGCUUUACCGGCAACUGCAGAUUCAAGCUUAGACGACAUUGAACACGUCCAGCUUGACUCAAUUCUCAAUGCGCUAGGAAACGAGUCUCACGUUCCUUUCUCAGGCACUGGUCCUGUAAACACCAGCGCCUUCAUCGAGGAAGUGAGACGAGUCUUCCUGAAUCCACUACCUGCCUCAGCGAGAGAUCUCCCUCAAUUCAGAGACGGUGUCGACUCACACGUUGUCUGGCGGAACUGGAGGGCAUUCGUUGGAGUCACCGAGAAUGUUGAUAUCAGAGCUCCUUGGACAGCCUUAUGCAGGCCCGUGAUCAAUGGCGUGAAGCCCUUAGCAACCCCCAUCUUUUGCAGUGGCGUUCCCUGCUCUCCCAGGGUGUCAUUCAGGGUCGAGGAGAGGUACGAAACUCAGGAGAGUUUUCGUGUCGAAACGACUGUUUCCCUCGGUGCGAGCCAAGGGCCGUUCGAAGCCUCCGUUUCGAGGACAACGGAGCGAUUCUGGCAGAGAAUAUGGAGCACGUCGACCUCCCAGGAGUCCACUUAUCAGUGGCAUCUCGGUCCGAAUGAUCAUUGCACCCCGAGUAUGGCGCAUGUAGAGCUCGACUGUGAUGUCGAUCUCAUGACCACCUACUAUGAUUCAUUUCUGCACGACAGCAACAGAUUGAGACUUGAGCACGACCACCAUCGAAAAGGUGGUCCAUACUGGCCGAGUCAGUGGUGCACACAAUUCGUCGUCGACCAUACACCAUUGAGAAGGGAGGAAGACUGGGAAAGAGCCGUGUCUAGCAACCGGGGGAGGGGCGAUGUUUGGAAGAGGCCAGCCAGGGAAAUGCGGCCGUAUCGGCGCAGUGGAAAUUCGAUCCAAGACAAUAUGCUGAUCGUGAGGCGACCCUCCUCAAGUCCUGGCGACUGGGGAGAGCUCAUGGGCUGUAUUCCAGAUCGAUCUACAGCUCGCAGAGUGAAGAUGACGCUUCCAUUAAGCUCGGCCAAUGGCGUAUUACAUGGCUUCGUUGGGUGUGUAUCAAGUGGGCGUUCUGGAUCCAGUGUUGAAGGCGAUGAAUUGGAUGCUGAGCUCAAGGCCAAAGCGUAG